AUCCAACCAUUCCUCCUCCUCUUCCGUAGCCAUGUCUUUUCGUCUUACCUCGCUCGUCCACGCCUCUACCCCUUCUGAAUCCGAAUCCGAAUCUGAAUACCCCGGCUCGGGACGAGACCCGGAGGCCGUGCCUGAGGACUUAGAAUCCGGUAAGCCGGAGAUGUCGUCGGUCAACUACAUGGCCCGGGCGCAGUGGCUUCGCGCCGCUGUGCUCGGCGCCAACGACGGGCUCGUCUCCGUCGCGUCCCUCAUGAUCGGUGUUGGCGCCGUGAACCAGACCGCCAGGGCGAUGCUCGUGUCGGGGAUGGCAGGGCUCGUGGCCGGCGCCUGCAGCAUGGCCAUCGGGGAGUUCGUCUCCGUCUACGCGCAGUACGACAUCCAGGUGGCGCAGAUGAAGAGAGAGAGCAGCAGAAGCAGCAACGGCGACUGCAGCAACGACCGCAGGGAGAAGGAAGAGGAGAGCCUGCCGAACCCGCUGCUGGCGGCGGGCGCGUCGGCGCUGGCGUUCGCGCUGGGGGCCGUGCUGCCGCUGCUGGCAGGAGGGUUUAUAAAAGCGUGGGGGGUGAGGGUCGGCGCGGUGUGUGCGGCGAGCAGCGUCGGAUUGGCGGGUUUCGGCGCCGUGGGGGCGAUUUUGGGCGGCGCCGAUCCGGCGAAGUCGGCGUUGAGGGUGCUCCUUGGGGGGUGGUUGGCCAUGCUGGUCACCUACGGGGUACUUAGACUCUUUGGGUUAGCUUUUAAUAUGCAAGUGUCCUCCUCUUAAAUAUUAUUCCAUGGGUCUUAAUUAGCUAAAUAAAAUGGUAUUGAUGGUUUGUGUGAUUUAAAUUAGUGGGGAGUAAUAAUUUGUUGUAAUUUAUGGCAUGUGAUAUGGUAAGAAUAUAUGCAUGUGUUGU